AAAGCUGUAGGAUUAUCUCCUGGAGAAUUCACCUUUAAAAUGGCCUUAAAAACUGCUGCCAAGAGAAAACUACAAAAAGCUAAGCAGAUUAGUUUACAAGCAAAGAGGAAACGUCUGGUAAAAAAAAUGUCGAAGAGUUGUAAAGAAUCAACUAAGGAAAUUCAUGAAGGUGUUACCUACUCUGAAGCUGCUGAAUUACAUCAAGAUGAAGAAUUAACCCAAACAACAGAAAUUCCAAAUAGAUUGAAACUGCCAGAAAAUCCCUUCACAUAUGUUGUAUUUGAUACUGAAACAACUGGCAGAGGGAGAAAUAGUGACAUUUUGCAGAUAGCAGCUGGUCAUGACUUUAAUGUUUAUGCUCAGCCACGUUGUGAAAUUUCUGACCAGGCAUCUGCUGCGAAUAUGUUAAGAUAUGAUAAAAGAACAAAUACUAUGUUCCAUAGAGGUAUUCCAGUUACAUCAAAACCUAUACAAGAAGCUCUUUUGGACUUUAUUGACUAUUUAAAGAAAGUCCCUAAACCUGUACUUGUAGGGCACAAUGCCUGUAGUUUUGACAUUCCCAUUAUUUGCAAUAGAAUGGCUGAAUUCAAAUUAUUUGCAGAAUUUUCGUCUCAUGUUUUUGGUUUUGUUGACACUCUGAAAAUUUCAAAAAUAAUCUUCAAAAAGUCUGAUGUUGGCAACUACAAGCAGGAAAAUCUGGUCAGUAAACUUCUCACCAACUGCACGUAUCAAGCUCAUGGUGCGAAAGAAGAUGUAAGAGUAUUGACUACUUUAUUUACGGAAAAAAUACAGAAGGAAGUCCUUGAUGAAGACCUUUUUCACAUAUGCUUUCAUGAUGUGAAGAAAAGAUAUGAUAAAAUUUUACAACAGAAAUGUAUAUCAUUAGCAGCAGUGACGAAGUUGGCCAGAAAUGGUGUCUCUCCACUUCAUCUUCAAUUAGCGCAUAAAAGAAACUCUGGUUUAAAAUUAUUAUUAACUGACCUGCAUAUAAGAUUAACCAACAAGAACUUAACAUCUAUGAUUAGUUUUCUGGAGAAAGAAGAGUGAAUUUCACGUUGUUUAGUGUUAGCAUCACGUACAUACAUACGCGUACGGACAAGGGUAAAACUUAAUGCCCCUCCACUACUUGGGUAUGAUGUUAUGAGGGUGUGACAGUUAUAGAAACUUGGGUAUGAUGUUAUGAGGGUGGAACAGUUAUUGGAACUUGGGUAUGAUGUUAUCAGGGUGUAACAUUUAUAGGAACUUGGGUAUGAUGUUAUCAGGGUGUAACAUUUAUAGGAACUUGGGUAUGAUGUUAUGAGGGUGGGACAGUUAUAGGAACUUGGGUAUGAUGUUAUCAGUGUGUGACAGUUAUAGAAACUUGGGUAUGAUGUUAUCAGGGUGGGACAGUUAUAGGAACUUGGGUAUCAUUUUAUCAGGGUGUGACAUUUAUAUGAACUUGGGUAUGAUGUUAUCAGGGUGUAACAUUUAUAGGAAAUUGGGUAUGAUGUUAUCAGGGUGUGACAGUUAUAGGAACUUGGGUAUGAUGUAAUCAGGGUGUAACAUUUUAAGGAACUUAGGUAUGAUGUUAUGAGGAUGAAACAUUUAUAGAAACUUUGGUAUGAUGUUAUCAGGGUGUAACAUUUAUAGGAACUUGGGUAUGAUGUUAUCAGAGUGUAACAUUUAUAGGAACUUGGGUAUGAUGUUAUGAGGGUGGGACAGUUAUAGAAACUCUGUAUGAUGUUAUGAGGAUGUAACAAUUAUAGGAACUUGGGUAUGAUGUUAUCAGGGUGUGACCAUUAUAGGAACUUGGGCAUGAUGUAAUCAGGGUGUAACAUUUUAAGGAACUUGGGUAUGAUGUUAUGAGGGUGAAACAUUUAUAGAAACUUGGGUAUGAUGUUAUCAGUGUGUAACAUUUAUAGGAACUUGGGUAUGAUGUUAUCAGGGUGUAACAUUUAUAGGAACUUGGGUAUGAUGUUAUCAGGGUGGGACAGUUAUAGGAACUUGGGUAUGAUGUUAUCAGGGUGUGACAGUUAUAGAAACUUGGGUAUGAUGUUAUCAGAGUGUGACAGUUAUAGAAACUUGGGUAUGAUGUUAUCAGGGUGGGACAGUUAUAGGAACUUGGGUAUGAAGUUAUCAGCGUGUAACAUUUAUAGGAACUUGGGUAUGAUCUUAUCAGGGUGUAACAUUUAUAGGAACUUGGGUAUGAUGUUAUCACGGUGUAACAUUUAUGGGAACUUGGGUAUGAUGUUAUCAGGGUGUAACAUUUAUAGGAACUUGGGUAUGAUGUUAUGAGGGUGGGACAGUUAUAGGAACUUGGGUAUGACGUUAUCAGGGUGUGACAGUUCUAGGAACUCGGGUAUGAUGUUAUCAGGGUGUGGCAGUUAUAGGAACUUCGGUAUGAUGUUAUCAGGGUGUAACAUUUAUAGGAACUUGGGUAUGAUGUUAUCAGAGUGUAACAUUUAUAGGAACUUGGGUAUGAUGUUAUGAGGGUGGGACAGUUAUAGAAACUUCGGUAUGAUGUUAUGAGGAUGUAACAUUUAUAGGAACUUGGGUAUGAUGUUAUGAGGGUGUGACAGUUAUAUAAACUUCGGUAUGAUGUUAUGAGGAUGUAACAUUUAUAGGAACUUGGGUAUGAUGUUAUCAGGGUGUGACAGUUAUAGAAACUUGGGUAUGAUGUUAUCAGGGUGUGACAGUUAUAGGAACUUGGGUAUGAUGUUAUGAGGGUGAAACAUUUAUAGGAACUUGGGUAUCUAUGAUGUUAUCAGGGUGUGACAGUUAUAGGAACUUGGGUAUGAUGUUAUGAGAGUGUAACAUUUAUAGGAACUUGGGUAUGAUGUAAUCAGGGUGGGACAGUUAUAGGAACUUGGGUAUGGUGUUAUCAGGGUGUGACAGUUAUAGAAACAUUGGUAUGAUGUUAUCAGGGUGUAACAUUUAUAGGAACUUGGGUAUGAUGUUAUAGGAACUUGGAUAUGAUGUGAUGAGAGUGUAACAUUUAUAGGAACUUGGGUAUGAUGUUAUCAAGGUGGGACAGUUAUAGGAACUUGGGUAUGAUGUUAUCAGGGUGUGACAGUUAUAGAAACUUUGGUAUGAUGUAAUCAGGGUGUAACAUUUAUAGGAACUUGGAUAUGAUGUUAUGAGGGUGAAACAUUUAUAGAAACUUGGGUAUGAUGUUAUCAGGGUGUAACAUUUAUAGAAGCUUGGGUAUGAUGUUAUCAGGUGUAACAUUUAUAGGAACUUGUGUAUGAUGUUAUUAGGGUGUAACAUUUAUUGGAACUUGGGUAUGAUGUUAUCAGGGUGUAACAUUUAUAGAAACUUGGGUAUGAUGUUAUCAGGGUGUAACAUUUAUAGAAACUUCGGUAUGAUGUUAUGAGGGUGUGACAUUUAUAGGAACUUGGGUAUGAUGUUAUCAGGGUGUGACAGUUAUAGGAACUUGGGUAUGAUGUUAUCAGGGUGUAACAUUUAUAGGAACUUGGGUAUGAUGUUAUCAGAGUGUAACAUUUAUAGGAACUUGGGUAUGAUGUUAUGAGGGUGUGACAGUUAUAGAAACUUCGGUAUGAUGUUAUGAGGAUGUAACAUUUAUAGGAACUUGGGUAUGAUGUUAUCAGGGUGUGACAAUUUUAAAAACUUGGGUAUGAUGUUAUCAGGGUGGGACAGUUAUAAGAACUUGGAUAUGAUGUUAUCAGGGUGUGACAGUUAUAGGAACUUGGGUAUGAUGUAAUCGGUGUAACAUUUAUAGGAACUUGGGUAUGAUGUUAUGAGGGUGGGACAGUUAUAGAAACUGCGGUGUGAUGUUAUCAGGGUGUAACAUUUAUAGGAACUUGGGUAUGAUGUUAUCAGGGUGGGACAGUUAUAUGAACUUUGAUAUGAUGUUAUCAGGGUGUGACAGUUAUAGGAACUUGGGUAUGAUGUUAUGAGGGUGAAACAUUUAUAGGAACUUGGGUAUCUAUGAUGUAAUCAGGGUGUGACAGUUAUAGGAACUUGGGUAUGAUGUUAUGAGAGUGUAACAUUUAUAGGAACUUGGGUAUGAUGUAAUCAGGGUGGGACAGUUAUAGGAACUUAGGUAUGGUGUUAUCAGGGUGUGACAGUUAUAGAAACAUUGGUAUGAUGUUAUCAGGGUGUAACAUUUAUAGGAACUUGGGUAUGAUGUUAUAGGAACUUGGAUAUGAUGUGAUGAGAGUGUAACAUUUAUAGGAACUUGGGUAUGAUGUUAUCAAGGUGGGACAGUUAUAGGAACUUGGGUAUGAUGUUAUUAGGGUGUGGCAGUUAUAGAAACUUUGGUAUGAUGUAAUCAGGGUGGGACAGUUAUAGGAACUUGGGUAUGAUGUUAUUAGGGUGUGGCAGUUAUAGAAACUUUGGUAUGAUGUAAUCAGGGUGUAACAUUUAUAGGAACUUGGAUAUGAUGUUAUGAGGGUGAAACAUUUAUAGAAACUUGGGUAUGAUGUUAUCAGGAUGUAACAUUUAUAGAAGCUUGGGUAUGAUGUUAUCAGGUGUAACAUUUAUAGGAACUUGUGUAUGAUGUUAUUAGGGUGUAACAUUUAUUGGAACUUGGGUAUGAUGUUAUCAGGGUGUAACAUUUAUAGAAACUUGGGUAUGAUGUUAUCAGGGUGUAACAUUUAUAGAAACUUCGGUAUGAUGUUAUGAGGGUGUGACAGUUAUAGAAACUUGGGUAUGAUGUUAUCAGGGUGUGACAGUUAUAGGAACUUGGGUAUGAUGUUAUGAGGGUGGGACAGUUAUAGGAACUUGGGUAUGAUGUUAUGAGGGUGUGACAGUUAUAGAAACUUUGGUAUGAUGUUAUGAGGGUGUAACAUUUAUAGAAACUUGGGUAUGAUGUUAUCAGGGUGUGACAGUUAUAGGAACUUGGGUAUGACGUUAUCAGGGUGUGACAGUUAUAGAAACUUGGGUAUGAUGUUAUCAGUGUGUGACAGUAAUAUGAACUUGGGUAUGAUGUUAUCAGUGUGUGACAGUAAUAUGAACUUGGGUAUGAUGUUAUCAGUGUGUCACAGUAAUAGGAACAUGGGUAUGAUGUUUAUGAUGGUGUGACAGUUAUAGGAACUUGGGUAUGAUGUUAUCAGGGUGUGACAGUUAUAGGAACUUGGGUAUGAUGUUAUCAGGGUGUGACAGUUAUAGAAACUUGGGUAUGAUGUUAUCAGUGUGUGACAGUAACAGUAACAGGAACAUGGGUAUGAUGUUAUGAGGAAGUGACAGUUAUGGGAACUUGGGUAUGAUGUUAUGAGGAAGUGACAGUUAUGGGAACUUGGGUAUGAUGUUUAUGAGGGUGUGACAGUUAUCGGAACUUGGGUAUGAUGUUUUCAGGGUGUGACAGUUAUGGGAACUUAGGUAUGAUGUUUUCAGGGUGUGACAGUUAUGGGAACUUAGGUAUGAUGUUUUCAGGGUGGGACAGAAACAGGAACUUGCAAUUGGAUAUGAUGUUAUGAGGUUGGAACAGUUUUUGGGACUUUAGUAGAACAGAUAUGACAGGGGUGACAGAUAUAGGACCAUUUGUAUUUUUGGCUGUCUAAUGGAUUGGUUACAAAUGAAGAUUUCUGGUAGUUUUGGACCUGCUUAUAUCCUAUUGUUUUUUUUUUUUUUU